ACUUUGUUCCAGCUACCCGCAGAAGCUGCUGGUUCCAAUAUGGAUCACAGACAAGGAGCUGGAGAGUGUUGCUUCCUUCAGGUCCUGGAAGAGGAUCCCUGUGGUGGUCUACAGGCACCAGAAGAACGGGGCGGUGAUCUCCCGCUGCAGCCAGCCGGAGAUCAGCUGGUGGGGCUGGAGGAACACGGACGACGAGUACUUGGUGACAUCCAUCGCCAAAGCGUGUCAGAUGGACGCCGGAGCCAAAGGCACCUGUGGCGCACCAGCCUGCCGACAACGCGGGGAAGCUCCCGACUCCUCCGACAGCGAUUUCG